AUGUUCAUUUCAACAUCACCAAGUAUAGUACCUUCCAAUCGCUUUGAUAUGUUAGAUCCCACCGAUCAUAACCAGCUGCUUAACAAUACCCAAUUCCCGAUUAAUGAGUAUGAGGAACAACAAAACUUUGAAUCUCAGCAACCACCGUCACCACCACAACAACAACGGGAAUCAGAAUCCAUUUUUAAAGAAGAUGAAGAUUCAUUACAACAACAAAUGCAGGAAAGCUUUCCAUUGUUUCAAUACCAACAACCAUUUAUGAGCACUACCAAUUAUUUAUUGGACGAGUCUGUUCAAGAAAAUGAGGACAAUUAUCAAUUGUUAAGUGGAGGUGAUCUUGACAGUACCUCUUCCUUCACUACCAAUUCACUUGCAAAUAUCAACAGUAAUAGUUUAUAUGGAAAUUCAAUCAACGUGAAUUUAGGAGCAGUACCCACUAACUUGAGUAAUCCAGAUACCAUGAUUGCUGGCCAAUUAUCUUCAUCUGUUUCCUCCUCAUAUUACAAUACCCCUUUUAACCAGCAACAGCAGACCAGUCAGAGUUUACAAAGUUUCCAACCAUUUCAAUUACCAAAUGAUUCAUCAACAUCGUCAUCAUUAUAUUCUUAUGCUAGUGCUAGUGCUAGUGCUAGUGCUCCUCAACCACAAGUACAUCCAAGACAAGAACAAAUGAACACUGGAUCUAGUUUUGGAUUCAGUAGCACACCAACACAAUCUACUUUUACUCACACUUCAGCCAAUACACCUUUACAACAACAACAGCAUGAUUUAUACCCAGUAUCAAAUUCUAUGAAUUCAAUUUUGGAUAAUUCUAAUCUUGUUUACCAUCCAGCAAAAUUUGAAGUGUCAUCUAAUAUAAUUAAUCCAGCUAUUCAACAACAAUCAUUGAAUCUUGAUUUAACACAAGCCUACCCGCAACCUCCUUUAUCAUCAACAUCAACAACUUUCGAUCCUAUUACUUAUAAUAGUUCACCAACUAUUUCCCAACCUCAAUUUACAUCACAAUCAUUACCAAAUUUAUCAUCAGCUAAUACUGGCAAGAAGACAACUUCCAAAAGAACCAAAUCAAGAACUCCAACCACCACUUCACGCUCAGCUCCCCUGGUCAUAAAGAAAGAAGAAACCAACGCUUUCAAAAUCAGCACUCAUGCUAUAGCCAAGCAAGAAAAUGAUUCAUCAUCAUUACCAAGUGGUAACAGAAGAUAUCGUGUGAUACGAGGAAUAUCUGCUGGAGGCUGCAAUACUAAACCACCAAAAGAAUCAAUGGAGGGUAAAGCUAUUUAUUAUCCAAUGAACUUAAAUCUAAAUGGAGCAUCAUUAAAAGAUAUUUGUUAUCCCAAAUGGAACGAAUCAGAAAAGCAAGAUCGAAGAAGAAUUAUACGUAUUGAGAGAAUUCAACAAGGUCCUGUAAUCACUGCAAAUUUCUCCAUUGUUGGCGCUGCUAAUGAAAACCCAGUAGUUUUACCUCCAUCAAAUCCAAUUAUUGAUGUUAUUGAAGUGUCCUGUUUAGAGUGCGAUGUCAAGAUAAACAAUAGUCAUGUUUCUGAUGGGUCUAAUUUUUACGAUUCACAAUCAUCGGAUGAUGAAAUUACUGGAAAUCAGGGUGAUGCCAGUGGUGUAGGUGGUAGAAAAUCACCUAAUUAUAUCAAGAAUGAAUUUAAUGAUGACUAUUAUCAAUAUUAUAUUACUUCAGUUGAAGUGGUCGAAAUUGUUGAAUUAUUGAUUGGUAAUCAAUUUAGAGAUGCUGCUGAAAGAAGAAAAGAAAGAGGCAGAGUCAGAUCCAAUUUGGUUCCCUUUUGGUCGAAGAAACCAAUUAGUUCAAGAAUGAGUGAAUCUUCUACUUCAUCAUCAUCCCCACAAAACACUUCUACAACUCCUGGAUCGAGUUCAAGUUUACUGGGGACAACAACUACUACCGUUGGUGGUGCUGGGUCAUCAUUAACCAACCAUGAUUAUCGUGUUGAGUUGGCUAAAAGAAUUAUGGGUUAUGAAAUUAGAAAACCACGAGGAUUUGACAAAGAAGUUAGAAUAUUAAGAUGGGAUAAAUUGGUGCCAGCUUUGCAACGAGCUUUACAAAGUUAUUACACCGAGAUUCCUGCUGAUGAUCCUUAUGCAGAGUACUAUAAAACUCACGCUCCACAAAUUCACAAUAAUUAA